UUUCAGGCUGAAAUUUACUGAUGCAAACCACUUCUUAAGGUGGAUGAGUUUCUCUUUCAACAGCCUCACUUCAUGUUCAGAUUGAAACAGGAUGUGGUGGGGCUUUUUUGUAUUUCUUGUUUUCGGUGCGAUUCAUUUACGACCUUGAGCCCCUUGAGCAGAACCGGUGGUGACGGCGGCGGUGGUGCUGUGAAGAGCUGGAGGAGGAUGCGCUCCUCCCUCCACCCUGACACCAGCAGCUCCUCGCCUCCACCCCGGCCUGUCCCCUUCUCACUACCGCUCAGCGCUAUACUUCCUGUCUGACUGCUGUGGUUUCAAAUGGAAAAUAUCACUGGGCACUUAAAUUAAAUUCAAAAAAUGACGGAGGGAUGAGAGAUUGCACAAGAGAGAGAGAGGAGUAAGUAGAGAGAAAGUAGGCCAGAAACUGCAGACGAUCUCAUCAGUCCAAAGGAGGACAAUGUGGCCCCCCUGCUGCCCCGACUCAUGAGGCGCUUUGCAGUCAUGGUCGCGCGGCAUCUUCUCCAGCUCCUGAUGGUUCUGCUCCUCAUCCACGCCACCCGUUCCCAAAAUUCCCCUCACGGACUCCAGUGCACCAAUGACUAUGUCAACAACGUCAGCUGCGUCUGGAGCCACUCUGGUGAGGACUGCUGGAUUCUUGGUGUGAAGAAAAUCUGGGAUCAGGGAAACUCCCAACUCCUGAUCCAAAGAUGCAAAAUCAGAAAGUGGGAAAACUCUCCUCCAGGAUGCAGCUUUGUCUUUGAGGAUCAGUUGUUCUCCGGUUCAGAAGUGUUGCCAAGAAUCAGCGUGAAGUGUAAUGACACGUUUGUGGAGAACCUCACGGAUUACAAGCUGAGUCAUCACAUCAAAAUGCAGCGUCCAAGCGCUCCCAACGUCAGCAGCUCCGCCAACGGCACCCGGGUGUGGUGGCGCCUGGAGGGCCGCAUUUCAUUCAUGUUCAGGUCCAGAUUCAAGUUUGAGCUUCAGCGCAAAAAAAGCAGCGAAUCCUGGGAGAAGGCUGAGACUAAUACCGUAACAGAGAAAGAGCUUCUACUCCCUGACCUGAGCGGCCCGUGGCAGCUGAGAGUCCGAGUCCUCCCCUUCAAAAGGAAAACCAGCCAGUGGAGUGACUGGAGUCCAACUACAUCCUGGAUGGGGGGGACAGAGACAGAGGACACGGUCCUUAAAGCCCUUCCAGAACCAAAUGCUCAAGGACUGUGGCAGGAUCAAGUCUUCCUCAUAGUGACUGGAGCCACGCUCAGCUCCUUCCUCAUCAUCUCUCUAAUCCUGGCCUUCUGUAGGAGGAAGAGGAGUGUCCUCAAAGUGAAGCCGGUUCCAAACCCAUCCAAGUAUUUCAACACUCUCCAUUCAGUCCACAAAGGAGAUCUGAAGAAAUGGCUCAAUCCCCUCUCCUUGUCUGAGGCCAUUUUCACGGCUCCGCUGUGUGACCUGAUCUCUCCGGUGGAGGUGUGUGAGGAUUGGGUCGAGUUGCCCUCUUCAUCCUCCAGCUCUACCCGAGGCCUUCUUUCCAAUCAGAGCUGCCGCUCCUUGGGCUCAAACGCCAGCGGGUUUGCCUACCACUCCUCCUCUCUGUCCAACUACUGCAACAUGGGUUACUUCAUGUCAAACUCCUCCAAUGCCUCAGCUGGGACUGACCCCAACGCAGCCUAUUUUACCUUCCCAGACAAUUUCCGCCCUCAGCCCUUCCUCGCCUCGGCCUCUUCUUAUGAAAGUUUGACAAAAGAGCCAAACAGUCCCGACUCCGGCAUUGGCUUCAUAAAAGAAAGCGAAGACACAAACAGAAGACAUGUGGAAGUAAAAGAGGACGACUGCUCUCCCUUUCUCCUCUUUGUCCAGCAUCCUUCUCCCCGUAUCUUCACCUCCUCCAUGCCUCCAGCUCUCCCUCACCCUGAUCCUGCGACACAGACGUCCUCUCAGAGCCUGCAGGAGGAGGUGGCCGAAGCGUCUGCAGGCGGCGGCGCAGCAGCCCCGCUCGCCAGCGGCUCCGUCUGCAGGUCCUCCUCUAUGCCCGUGGAGACCUGCAGGAGUGGCUACCUGACGCUGAAGGAGCUACAGGCAACUUUUAGCAACAAGUCCAUCUGAGAAUCCUGAAAUUGAGCAAGAAUGUAUAUAAUUAAAUUGAAGCAAACAGAUUUCUGCGAGCUCUCUAUAUGUGAGAAAGUCUGAAAAACUUGUAGAAAAAAAAGGACUGCUGGUUUUUCUGCUUCCCGUGAUGUUGUGUGGUGAGAUUUUGGUUAGUUAAGCUCUGCAGAAAUAAAAACCAUAACUGAUAAUAUUUGAGGCUCAUGAAAAGAGACUUUCAGAGAGGUUUGCUUAAAAAAAAAACAACAACAACAAAAUAACAGUUGUUUCAUUUGAGGUUUUUUUCGCACCAAGAAGCAUUAACUUUUACGCUUACAAGAUACAAAAGUAGAAUCUCUACUUUACAGGUUUACAGAUGCUACAUUUUUUACAGGUUAUUUAUCACAAAGUAGCACAAAAAGAUUUAUUAAUAAUUGUAAAAAUAAAAUCAUGUUUUGUUUUUAUAUACUAAAUGACAAUACUUUAAAUCAGGGGUCUCCAAACUUUCUCACACAACUGUUUUCUUCUCUGAUGUGGGCUGGGGUUUGUUUGUCGUCUAACAGAAAAAGCGUUACAAUCACAGCCUAAAUGUAAAC